AUGGCAAGAGUCUGUCACAGAUGUACAAGUACAACAGCCGUGAUCCGUUGUGUGACCGAAACACAGAACUUGUGCCUUACCUGUGACUACCUGCGGCAUCGUGAAGGUGAUGCUGCAGGACACACUCGCUACCAAAUUUGCGAUGAAUGCAUGAUCAAUCCAGCUUUACUCCUCUGCUCGGAUCACAUGAUGGUUCUUUGCCAGUCCUGCUAUUCAAAUGAUUACAACUGCGUCGCCUAUGGCCAUCACACUCAAGUCAUCAAUCGCUUUCCUCGACAAGACCAUAACAACAAGAACAACAAGAACCACCAGCAUAAUCAUCAUGAAGGUCAUCAAGUGGGUGAGAACCAGAGAAGAGAAGGCAUGUUUGAGAAGAGCUGCAAGGGAAAUAACAGCUGCGAGGGAUGUAUGUCUGCAGUGGACUGUGAGUCAUGCCUAGCUUCAAACGCUGUCAUUUACUGUCCCCAACACAAUCAGCUUCUAUGCGAUGAAUGCGACCGAAUGAUUCACCUUCCCGAGGCCGUGCUGCCCCAUUUGAGGUGUCAGCUUUGCGUGACAUGCAAGACCAACGGGAGAAGCUUGGUUCCUCCAAAGGAAAAGGAUUCAAUCCGGUCCCAAGCGUACCUGGGGCUAACCUGUUUUGAACGAGGAACGCCUAGUGACUCUAGAGACUCUCUCGCACUUUUCUCGUCAGAUCUUCUUAUUUCAAUUUACCACCGCUACCUCCUGCGGCGGCGGCGGCGGCAUCCGAAUAGGUCAUUUGGGCCAGUCAACAUGAUCGUUUUUCUUCCAACUCAUUUAUUUUAUUUAGUCUUGUGA